AUGCCGGAAUCCACUUCCUUGAAGCUCAAACCUCUCCCGCCACUGCGACGUGACUCUCGCAACGAAUCUUUGAAUCCGAAGACAGAGGGAGACAAGUACGAGGAAGAUAACUCGUGCAAUCACGUCGAAGAUGAUUCCUUGUACAAUCAUGCGAGUUUUGAGGUGGGGCAGAUUGUGCCUCCACCGACGACAGCUCCCGUGAUUGAAAUCCCAACAAGCAGAAAACCUGCGUUCAGUCCCGUGCAUGCUGAAGCAGCGCUAGAUGGAGAGGAGUCCACCGAAGGCGACCAUGCUGCUGCUGCGCUUACCAAGAGUCAGAUUGCGAGGUUGCGGUGGACCAGGGCGCUAUGGUGGGCGACACAAGAGGCGCAAAGGUGUGCUAUGCUAUGCUAUGCUAUGCUAUGCUAUGCUAUGACGAGAUUCAAGAGUCUUCUCGUCAGGGGGAGGAAGGUGUCUCCCGAAGAUCCGUCCUCUCCUCCUCCUCGCCUGCAGAAGCGCUUCAGCACAGACUCGAGUGAUGGUUGGAUGAGCGGCAAGUUUGAGCAGCAACGAGACACGGCCUGGUCGACGGUCUAUUCCGAUGAUAUGGAGGAGAUGGAGGCUGUGUCAAGCAAGAAGGACGAUGUGGCAAGCGCUGAGAAGGAGAAGAAGAAGGCAAAGAGCGAACGAGAUGUGAAGAUUGAGAACUUUCUCGAGUCCAAGGGUGUCAUCUACCUCAACAUCAUCUGCACCAUGUGGAUCUUGUGCGGGGACGACGUCUACAUCCUCCUCAACCCUCCUCUCUUCCUCGAUCGCGCCAUCUUCUCUGUCAACUUCGCAUGCUUCUUCGUCUUCCUCGUAGACUUCCUCCUCCGCAUGCGGUGGGAACCCAAGUACCUCUCCUCCUUCUACUUCUGGCUUGACCUUAUCUCUCUUCUCUCCCUCCUCCCCGACGUUAUUUGGUUCAUGGUUGGCAUUGAUAUCCUCAACAUCGGCAAGAACGUCUCUGACCUUGCCAGGAGCGGUAGGGCUGCCAGCGCAGGCGCUCGAGUCGCGCGAAUUAUUCGUAUCCUUCAGCUCCUGAGCCGCAUCAACAGGCUGAGGAACAAGAGGAUUGGACAGUUUGACAACGAGCUCGGCGACAACUCAGUCUCCGAGCUGGCCAAGAAGCUGGACACGUACAUCUCGAUGCAUGUUGUCAUCUCAGUUGGUGUCACUCUUGUGCUCUCCUUCUCUCUCUCCGCCGCCUACUCCUUUAGGCCCUCCCAGUGCCUCCUCCUCGCCAUGCGAGGAUACAGCGCGACGCUGGCGCCAUGCGUGAGAAGAGGAGGGGCAGAGGUUGACGAGACGUGCUUGCAAGGUUGGAAGGCAACGAUGCUUCAAGAUCUGGUCACGAGCCUUGAUGUCAACGCAACGACUGGAACGCCUCUGAUAUACCUCGAACUGAGCAACAUUGUAUUGUAUGGGAAUGACAAGGAAUACCUCAACUAUCGGCAACGACCACGAUCAUGGUCAGAAAUUUCUUUCAGCGAUCUACCUCUUGGAGACGGUACGGGAGUGAUGCACGUUUCUAUCCUCAGUGACGUUCAGGAUACUGCGAUUGGGAACUUGCUGACAGUUCUGAGCAUCUUGAUGAUUAUUUGUCUUCUUGCUCUCACUCUCUCUGCCUCAAUGCGUCGAGAACUUGUCGGACCCAUGGCAAGAAUCGUUCACUCCCUGGAGCUUCUGAUGAAAGAUCCUCUGGGAAACCUCCACGACGUUCUCAAAGAGGAGAGAGCGUACGAGGUCGAAAACGCCAUCGUGAGGAUAGGAAACCUGCUGCAGCUCGGGUUCGGAGAGGCGGGAGCAAAAAUCAUCUCUGCGAGCAUGAAGGAUGGGAACAUGGACACAACAAAAGGAGGGAAAGUAGUGAACGCCAUCUUCGGCUUCUGCGACAUCAGAAACUUCACGGACUGCACUGAAGUUCUGAGAGCUGAUAUCGUCAAGCUCGUCAACGACGUGGCGAGGAUAGUGCAUACGGCAACCAAGGAGAACUUCGGGGCUCCGAACAAGAACAUUGGAGAUGCGUUCUUGCUGGUUUGGAAGCCCAAGGGGCAAGUGGCUGUUCACGAUGUCGCUGAUUCAGCACUGAAGAGUUACGUUCCAGACCUGUCAGGGUUGAGCAGCCUGACCCGGCUAGCCUUGUUCUGGAACAAGAUAACUGAGUUGCCGAGUUUGACUGCUCUCAACGAGCUCGCGGACCUUCAGCUGAGCAAGAAUCAGCUCUCAAUCCUCCCUGACCUCACUGGUCAAGAUCCCGAGAUGACAACGAAAGAGUUCUUCGAGUAUUUCGCCCCCUCCACCACCCAAAAGUUCCGGCAGGAGUGGAGGAAGGCGAUGAAGAACUACCUGGGGGAGGAGGGAGGCGCCAACGCUGACUGGCGGCAGGCCAGAAUUCACCUCCUCUCCUGCUUCCAGGAGAACCCCAGCGACGGCCCCACGCUUGCUCUGCUCAACGUCAUCAAGGAGGAGGGAAGGGCGGACGGCUCUGCCCCUGUCGGCUGGCAGGGCUACCGAGCGCUGACGGACAAGUGA